UGUAUUGGAUUAUCAGUAUGCUCGCUAACACGGUAAACUUGCUCAACUUAACGCGAGCAAGCGGAGAUUUCUCAUCCGUCUCUCGUGAAUGCAGGGGGCGGGUGCGUGGGUGAUCUCCCAGAGAAGAUGAUCGUGUGCGUCGCCGUCGUUGGCCAUCAGAACAAUCCGCUGUACAUACAGAGCUUCACGGAGGCAGACGAUGCUCUCAAGCUCCACCACAUCGUUCACUGCUCCCUCGACGUGGUCGACGAGCGAGUGAAUAAUCCAAGAAAAUCUGGCCCUACACUGAAUGAGACAUUUCUGGGACUGCUCUAUCCAACUGAGAAUUAUAAAGUGUAUGGAUAUUUAACUAACACGAAGGUGAAAUUCAUACUGGUUACAACGGAUUUAGAUGUCAAAGAUGCAGAUGUGAGAAAUUUUUUUCGUAGGUUUCAUGCUGCAUAUGUAGAUGCGGUCUCAAACCCAUUCCAUGUGCCAGGUAAAAAGAUAACAUCCAGAAAUUUUGCAGAAAGAGUGAGUAACAUUGUCAAGUCAUUUGCAUUGAAUUCAGCUGGAUAAAUGCUGCCAGAAAAUGAGGAAAACCACUUGGGAAUUGAUGAAACCCUUGGAUAUGGGUAUGCUUGCACCCACCAUCUUUUUCAUUUUUCCCAGCUUCACCUAGGAAUUAAACAUGUAGUAGGUCAUCCCCAAUCCUGUUCUUUGUUUGAAAUUCAAGGUGUAACAUAGUAGAGUGAUUGUGAAUUUGUGAUAUUUCUUGGUCUUCUCAUUGUUGUCUUCUGUUUGGUGAUGAUUGAGAACUCAAUUGAGAAUUCAUCAGGUCCAGUGUCUGUUAAGAAGUUGGAAUAAUGCCACUUGACAAGUUCCUUGUUUUA